UGGGGGUGGGGGUCCUCCCAGGGGGUCUCAACCUUCCUUUUCCUGGGUCCCCAGGCAGCGUGGCUUCCCAGCCCACGUCCCCUCCCCUACCAGGCUCUGCUCCUGCUGCUCUGAAACAGACCGAGGCCCUGCUAGGGGCCACCUCCAAACCCUUGCUGCUGCUGUGCCCCGCCUGAGGGCUCUCCCUCCUCUGCCAGGCUGGGGGAUAAUAACAGGGAUAAGAAGAGCUAGUGCUUAUUGAGUGCUUACUGUGUGCUAGGUACUUAGCGUGGAUUUUUAUCAAGCCCUCACUUCAUUGAUGAGAAAACAGAGGUAUAGAAAAGUGAUUGAGCUGCCCAAGGUCACGCAGACAGGAAUGGCAGAGCUGGGAUUUGAACCCGGUAGUCCGAGCAUACGAACGUGAUGGAGAGCACAUUGGGGAGGUCUAGACCAUUGCAGGGCUGCCUCAUUGAGCACCUGCUGUGUACAUUUCCCUGCUCCAGGGAGCUUGUGUUCCAGCUGGGAGGGCAGAUGUCCGGGGGAGACGAGCUGGUAGCGAGUGUUGGAAGGGCAGGGGCUGGGACUGCGGGGGGUCUUUCCAAUCCUCAGGAGAAGAGGGCGAGCAGGGACAGCAACACCCUUUGAGAGAUGGAGGAGCUGAUGCUGAGAGAGGCCGAGUGACCUGCUCUGGUUCACAGUGGCCACAAAACCCAGAAGGUGGCUCAGUGCACUCUCUAAAGAGUCAGAGAGCUCAGGGUGGCUCUGGCUUGGGGCAAAGGAGCUUGGGUUCUAGGCCAACCUUAGCACGGAGCAGGCAUCUAAGAAAUGCUAGGUGAAUUUUACUGAACCGGGUAAGGGCCAAAGUGUGGCCUCUGAGCUCCCAGAGAGCAGCUUCAGCAGCAAGGAGGACUUGGAGAGGGGUUUUGUUCCCAGUGGCUCAGCCCACGAGAGUCCCCAAGUCCUUCCUCAGCUAAGCUUGUUCUCUGGGCAGUGAGCCCCUCCUGGGGUCCCGAGUUCCUGGGGGGGGGGCUCACACCAAGUGCAUCCUGGGAAGCGAGGUGGGAGUGGGGCUGUGGACUGGACAAUGUCCUCCACCCCAAGUCCUCCUCCCCAGCCCCACCCUACCUCCACCCAUCCUGUGACACUCCUAGGCAGAGCAUGCUGCAGAAGGGACCUGAGAUUUGCAUCCAGAGACCAAGGCUGGUGCCAGGCCCUGCCGUGAGCCCGCUGUGUGGCCGUGGCUGUGUCCCUCCUGCUCAGCCUCAGUGUUGGUGUCUGAGGAGGUUAGAGCAAGGCCCUGUAGAGAUAGACGCUGGCUGCAGCCCCAUCCCUGCCAUUUCCCGGCUCCCCGAAGGCGGUUCAGGCAAAGGCUAGUCCCUCCUUACAGUGCCUGGGGCCGCCGGAGCUGGGGCCUUGCUCACAGUUCCCACCCAGCUCGUCAGCAGAAUCUGACCAUGCUCUGCACCCACCACCCUGGGUCAAAGCCACCCCGACUCUCGCCUGGACAGUGCAGUGGCUUCUCCUGGCUCCCUGUGCUGCCCUUGAGGCGACAGUCUGUUCUCCGCAGAGCAGCCAAAGCAAGCUGUUCGAACCCAGUUCUGGCCAUAGCACUCCUCUGCUCUGAAUCCUCCGGUGAAAGCCACCUUUCUGCCCCUCAGCCCCAGUGUCCCCUGGCUCGCUCCAUCCCACCCUCCUCGCUGUUCCUCCCUCACGCACACGCACUCCUGCCUGAGCACCGGCUGCUCCUUCCGCCUGGAACAUUCUUCCCUGGUGCCCCCACCUGUGUGGAGUCUGUUCACACGUGCCCUCGGCGAGCCUGCCCGACCACUGCUUCUCAGCGGACCCGCUGCCCCCGCCCUGUACCCCGCUUUGCCUUUCUCCAGAGCGUGACUUUCUAACGCUCAAUGCUAUUAUCUGACUCAUUAUUUUGAGUUUAUUGCAGUCUCCUUGCCCAGCCCUGUGCAGGCUCCACGAGGGAAGGGGUUUUGGUGCGUCUUGUCUCCCCACGUCCCCAGGGCCUGGCGCGGUGCCUGGCGCAGGGCGGGCUCUCUUGUGUUGUGUGGCCCUGAUGCGAUGUGGCUGCUCCAUCCGCUGGGCUGUCUUCACUGAUCACAGGGGGAUUCUGCAGGGGGCCCCUGUCACCUCACUCGGGCUGAAUGUGGCAGGUGGAAGGGGCUCAGGACAGCCCUACGGCUGGGAGAAAUCCCGUGACUCAUCCUAGGGAAUUGCGUGUGAUCCUCACUGUGUGACACUGUGCAAGUUACGUCAUCUCCCUGGCUUUAGUUUCCUCACCUGUCAAGUGGGAAUGGCAGCCUGCUGCAUGUUGGGAGGACUCAGUGAGGCCACUCGUGUAACGUGCUCAGGACAGUGGCUGGCGUGUAAACGUGACAUCCAAUUUCAUUGUUGCACCUGGUGGUUUGUAGUGGAAGCAGAAAUGCCACCAGCUGGGGCCCAUUUUGGUUCCACGGCUUUAGCCCCAGGCUGGGCCACCUGCGCUACAGAGGGCUACAGUGGUCCACGAUGCAGUGAGCAAGAGAGGCGCUAGCUUGGGAACCCGAACUUGGGCUCAAGUCCUGACUCAGCCAACUUCUUAAUGUCCUUUGGGGAAGGUCUUGUCAUCUUUCCGAGUCUCAGUUUCCCCAUUUGUUAAAGCAGGGUGGGUAUGAUGAACUCCAGGCUGUCUGAGAGACGCAUCUGAGACCCUGAGUGCCAGUGCUUAUUUAUUCCAUUUUAUUUUCAUGCUGCUUUAUUAAAAAUGUGAAGAUAAAAAGGAAUCAGGCUGAGAAUAACGGCUGAAAAAAUAUAGACAGUAGGCUGGUCCGAUGGUAGUGGGUUAUCAGAACUUAUUCACAUUAGUGUCACUAAAGUUGGUAUUCAACCCCCCACUGCUAAAUUUGACUGGCUUUAAAAAAAAUAUAUAUAUAUAUAGACAGUUGCAUGUGAAGGAGUCUCAGAAAAUGUCGUCUUGUGAGUGCUGUUGACUUGCUCUGGGCCUGCUACUGUGCACUUCUGAGCCUCCUAGCAGCCUGAGUGAUAAGGGAAACAUGCUCAGUUCCAUGAUUCUUAGCAGCAAGCCAGACUGGGGCCUUAUCUAUGGGUUCCACCCUGAAGGCCCUAGUGAGUCAGAAGAGAGCCCCCAGGCACUGGUGACUCUGUUGUCAGAAGGGCACAGCUGGCUGGUGUAAUCAGAUCCAGGAAGCCAAAGGACAGCUGGGUCAGCCUGCCCUCAGCAGGUCCACAGAGGCCCUUUACACCCAAGCAGGACAUUCACUUGCCUCUCCAAGGUUCUCUCACCUUGCUAUGGCCUUUGUUCGCCACUGCCAGGGGAUCCAGUCUGGAUGGCAGCCCCAGGCCCUGCCCUCCACACCGCAUGGGCCAGUUUAGUCUAACUUGGGGUGUGCCCCACAGAGGCAGGUCCCCCGUAGAGAAAAAUAAUCCACCAGGAGGAGCAGGGCUGCCUUGCUAGGUCCUGAAAGGCCCUGGGUGGGUCACUCUGGAAGCUUCCGCUGUGCUGACAUCAGUCUGCAGUGUUGCCUUGUGCCUGGUUGCUGCCACCGCAGGAUGUCCCAUCCCCGCCUCUACUGGGCCUGGCCCUUUGCCGUUUUGCUCACCCUGCUGGCCUGGCCUGACUUCUCGCUUUGCCGGACCAGAGCUGGACUCCAGUGUGGAGAGGUGCCGGAAGACCCAUUUCGAAAUGUCGCCAAGGAGCAGACCCCCCUUCCCCUCCUUCCACAAGCCAGCGGAGACCACCCCACCUCUGCCCUGGGACAGCUGACAUUAGCAGAGGAUGAAGAUGAGACGCUACAAGCUCUUUCUCAUGUUCUGUAUGGCCGGCCUGUGCCUCAUCUCCUUCCUGCACUUCUUUAAGACCCUGUCCUAUGUCACCUUCCCCAGAGAACUGGCCUCCCUCAGCCCUAACCUUGUAUCCAGCUUCUUCUGGAACAAUGCCCCGGUCACGCCCCAGGCCAGCCCCGAGCCAGAAAGCCCCGACCUGCUGCGGACCCCCCUCUACUCCCACUCGCCCCUGCUGCAGCCCCUGUCACCAAGCAAGGCCACCGAGGAACUCCACAGGGUGGACUUCGUGCUGCCCGAGGACACCACCGAGUAUUUCGUGCGCACCAAAGCCGGGGGGGUCUGCUUCAAACCAGGCACCAAGAUGCUGGAGAAGCCGCCCCCCGGGCGGCCGGAGGAGAAGCACGAGGGGGCCAAAGGCUCCUCGGCCAGGCGCCCGCCCCGGUACCUGCUGAGCGCCCGCGAGCGCGCGGGCGGCCGGGGCCCGCGGCGCAAGUGGGUGGAGUGCGUGUGCCUGCCCGGCUGGCACGGGCCCAGCUGCGGCGUGCCCACCGUGGUGCAGUACUCCAACCUGCCCACCAAGGAGCGGCUGGUGCCGCGCGAGGUGCCGCGCCGCGUCAUCAACGCCAUCAACGUCAACCACGAGUUCGACCUGCUGGACGUGCGCUUCCACGAGCUGGGCGACGUGGUGGACGCCUUCGUGGUGUGCGAGUCCAACUUCACGGCCUACGGCGAGCCGCGGCCGCUCAAGUUCCGCGAGAUGCUGACCAACGGCACCUUCGAGUACAUCCGCCACAAGGUGCUCUACGUCUUCCUGGACCACUUCCCGCCGGGCGGCCGGCAGGACGGCUGGAUCGCCGACGACUACCUGCGCACCUUCCUCACCCAGGACGGCGUCUCGCGGCUGCGCAACCUGCGGCCCGACGACGUGUUCAUCAUCGACGACGCCGACGAGAUCCCGGCGCGCGACGGCGUGCUCUUCCUCAAGCUCUACGACGGCUGGACCGAGCCCUUCGCCUUCCACAUGCGCAAGUCGCUGUACGGCUUCUUCUGGAAGCAGCCGGGCACGCUGGAGGUGGUGUCGGGCUGCACGGUGGACAUGCUGCGCGCCGUGUACGCGCUGGACGGCAUCCGCCUGCGCCGCCGCCAGUACUACACCAUGCCCAACUUCCGCCAGUACGAGAACCGCACGGGCCACAUCCUGGUGCAGUGGUCGCUCGGCAGCCCGCUGCACUUCGCGGGCUGGCACUGCUCCUGGUGCUUCACGCCCGAGGGCAUCUACUUCAAGCUCGUGUCCGCCCAGAACGGCGACUUCCCCCGCUGGGGCGACUACGAGGACAAGCGCGACCUCAACUACAUCCGGAGCCUGAUCCGCACGGGCGGCUGGUUCGACGGCACGCAGCAGGAGUACCCGCCCGCCGACCCCAGCGAGCACAUGUACGCGCCCAAGUACCUGCUCAAGAACUACGAGCAGUUCCGCUACCUGCUGGACAACCCCUACCAGGAGCCCAGGAGCACGGCGCAAGGCGGGCGGCGCGGCAGGCUUCCGGAGGGACGGCCACCUGCCCCCGGCAAAUCGGACGAGGUUGAAGGCUAAGGCUGCAUGACCUUAUAGGGCCCGUGGCAGGGUGCAGGGUGGUGGCCGCCCCUAGAAUUAUCUCCCUGUCUCCUUCUGCCGGCUUGGCUUGGUGGUUCUUGAGAGGACCUGGAGUGGGUGGGUGGGAGGAUGGGGCUUCCCCCACUCAAGCACUUGUGAAUCGAGGGUCAGGCCUUUGGGCCCAAAACGCGAAGUGGGGCAGGCUGAGACACCUGCUUGGCCCUUCUGCCCGCCAAGAGUGCUGUGGCCAGACGUGCUGCUGGGGAGUGCACCGUGGUCUCUCUGGGCAGAAAGGGAGGGCAGGCAGGGUGGGGGAAGGGAUCCCGCAGGAAUACUCGAGUGCCCAUGAGGGCGUGGCCUGGCUGGGGAGGAGCCCACCGUUGGCAUCCUGGGGCUUUGGACCUGCAGGGGGAAAGGGCAUGCCAGGAGGGCCAAGGGCUCUGUAUAUAGAUGCAUUUGGGUCCAGGAGCAAGAGGGGACACCUAGGAAGGAGGGGAUGACAAAUGACAUCCAGCUGAGAGGAAGUGCUGGUGGAUGCUGUGCGGUGUUAUCAGCAGUGCUGGGCCGAAGAGAGAGGAGAGCUUUGGGGUACACCUGCCCCAGAGGACAUGACACCGCACUGGGUGGCUGGUGCCUGAGUCUGUCUCUGUCCUCCCGGCCCGUAGGAACUGACAUGGCACAGGGCCCCGGGAGCCCUGCGGAGUCUUCCUUUGUCUCCCAAACCUGGCCUUGACAGUCCUUCUUACUUUUUAUACUGCUGUCUUGUGGGCUGCCCAUUCAGUCCUUGCAAGGCCAGGAGUCCAGCUGUAGGUGGUACCUGGGGGAGGGAGAAAGGAGGAAACUGACAGAAGGGCCCAGCAUCUAUUCACCCCUUCCUCCCUGUCACCCCUUCCUGCUGGCACCCACAGACCCAGCUCUCCACCCUCCCAGGUGGGAUCACUCUUGUGCCCCUCCUUGAGGAUGGCUAGGGGCCAGAAAGGACCCUCGAGGCUAUCCUGGGCCCAAGAAGGGACAUUAAGGCCAGUUAUAUGUCAUCCCAUUCCUCAUAGUUUGCCUUGGGUGGGGGUGUAUUUGUUGGAGUAGUUUCUAAGCUGCUGUAAUUAAGAGACCCUGAAAUACAGUGGUUUACGCAGAACAGAGCUUGUUUCUAAUUAAAUUGUCUAGAGGAAGAUGGUCCAGAGCUAGUAGGGCAGCUCUGUUUUCCUUCGUACACACCUUCCAAUUCUGGGCAGAGCGGCUGCUCCACCUCCCACCAUCCUGUGUGCAUCCAAUCCUGGGGGAAGCAGAGAUAGGCAAGGGAGGUUCAUGCCCUUUCCUGUUAAGGGCAUGAACCAGAAAUGGCUCUGUCACUCUGCUAGCAUCUCAUUGGCCAGGCCUCAGUCACAUGACCACAAGCAGCUGCAAGGGCAACUGGGAAGUGUAGUCAAGCUGGGCUGCCAUGUGCAGGCCUCAGCCUGGGAGUCCUCUUGUUAACUGGGGAGAAGAGAAUGCAUACAGGAGACAAGUAGCGCCUCUGGCGGAGGGGAAGGGGAGGUGGUAGGAAUGACUGCUUCAGUCAGAUGCUGCUCUCGUCAGAGCUUCUGGAACACCUGCUCCUGUUCCUCUGGCUGUGCCAGCCCAGGGCCAGGGUGCAGUGGGAGCCGCAGCUGUGUGGGAAGGGAGCUCCCUCUCCCCCCGCCCGCUCACACGUUACCGAGUGACGCGGUGUGCGGAGUCUGCCUGUGGGAAUGGUAUGUGUUUGUGGGUGUGUGUGUAUAUUUAUGGGCAUGGGUGCAUGCUUGGUGUGUAUUUGUACAUGUCUGUAUCGACGUGUCCCUGUAACUAUAGGUUUGUGUGUGGACAUGGGAGCCCAGGCCCAGGUGUCCUCUUCCCCAGGACCUGGAGCCUGUGGCCACACCUCCUGCAGCUCCCCAAAAUGACUGAGGCAAUAAGCCCUUGGGGAGCCCAGGAGGCAAGGCUAAAGGAGAUGCAGGGUCUGUCCGUCUGUCUUGCAGUCUGAGGAAUGGGAACGCUCCCGACCUGCGGGCCGUGCAGCUGAGAGCCCACUACCUCCCCAGCCCCUCUUGGCCCCGCCCCACCUCCAGUGAGGCCUUUUCUCUGGAUGUCUUAUUGGGAGUUCCUGAUGGGUUGGAGUACUCUUGCUCCUGUCUAGGGGAUCCCCCAGGGAACCCCUCCUUUGAAGUCACAGCAGACUUCCUCUCUGGUUCCCCUUGGGGCUGAGAGGUGGCUUGAGAAGUCAGGGUGUUGCUGUGGCCCUGGGUCAGUCCAGGCUGGGCUGCCCUCCCGAGGAGCCUCUCUGUGCCCCAUGGACAGGCGCCUGAAUCAUGCCUGACCCCAGCCCAGGGCCUCCCUCCUCGACGGCUUCCUCACCCCCCCUCCCAGCACCUCCCCAGGCUUGCAGGGGUCCUUGGCCUCCAGUGCUCAGGGGCAGGGGGAGGAAAAGGGGAGAAGCUCGGACCUGCCAGGCCCCGUCUCCCCAGACCCCGUGGGGCAGGGGCCUGUUCACAGCAGCGCGGGUGCAGCCCUGGCGGUUGGCGGAGAGGACAGCUGUCAGAGGGCUGGGGCGCCAGGACGUGGGGUUGAAGAGCUUCGUGUACCAUCACAGCAUACACUGGGAAUUUGGGGGGCUCCGGGCCACUCCCCCAACGUGAAGGGAAACCAAACUAAAUGUGAACGCCGGCACACUGCUGUCCUGUUGGUGUAUCCAGAUCCCUCUCCCCGGAAACCACUAGCCCCAUGACCUCUAGACCCAAGUAGGCUCACCUGUGCCAAGCACCCAGGGAGCUCGGCUGGCCCUGUCCACUCGUGGGUCACGUCGGUUCCCUGGGGCAGCGUGGGAGAGCGUUGGGGGCCGAGGGGAGAGGGGUGGGGAGACUGAUGGGACUUGCCCAAGCAGAAGGCAGGGCCCUGGGAAAUGUAUAAUUUAAGGACACCAAUAAUAAUAGUAUUAUUUUUUUUGUAAGGGAAAAUCAAUAUGUACAUUCUGAAAUCAUUUUCUCUGUAAAUGGUUGGAUUUCAUUUCACCCUUAAAGGGAUGCUUAAAAGGAGAAGAUAAUAUUAAUAAUAAAAACAGAUACAAAGUC